AUGCAGCCUUUUAGGGAAAAUGGGAGGCGUGCCUCCAUCUCAGAGGGAAGCGGCAGUAGUGGCAGUACUCCGACUCACCAAAAGCAGCGGAGCAAUGCCUUGUGGAGCAGCAAGCCUCAUUGCAGCAGGAGCCUGAACAGUAGCGACUUUGCGUCCGACCUGUCCAAGAGGCAGGAAGAGCUUCUCCCUUCUUCAGAGCUGGAGGAUGAGGAGCGUGCUGCAGCAUUUGAUGCAGCAGCAGCAAACGAAGUGGAGGCGGCGGAUGCAGAUGCUGCGUCUGAGCUUUUCCCAUCCUUCCCUCCAGACUUGUGCCUCCCCCCAGUCUCAAAUCCUGUGCUGGAUGUAGUCUCAGCUUCUGAGAGAGCUGCUUGCGGUGAAGAUCCACUCGAGCGGUCUGUGAUAACCUAUGAAACCAGCACCACGGACGCACAAGUCGAAGCGCAAGCCGAAGCUUCAUGGGGAUGCAAACUCAAGACUUCCCCGCGACGUGCAGCGGCUUUUACCGCUGCGCAUGCAGCUCGCAGUUGCAAUGAUAUGAACGGCCAUGAGCGACAGCAGCAGCAUCGGCAGGAGGAACUCGAUACAAGCGACAGCCAGCCGGAUUCGGAGUAUCUGCAGCUGCAAGAAGCCUACGAACUGCACUUGGAGCUCCGGCAGCAGCAGCAGCUGCUGCAGCAGGAGCAGCAGCAGCAGCAGCAGCAGUUAGAGGCCUUGAGGCUGGAGAAGGAGGAGCUGCUGAGACAGAUGGAGCAGCGGGAUUGCGCCUUCGCCGCAGAGCAGCAGCAGCAGCAGCGGCAGCAGAAGGAGCUUGAGCAGCAGCUCGCUGCAGCGCACAAACAACAGGAGCAGCAGUCCCUAGACCAUGCAGCGCUUCAGAAUGCCAUGCUUCGCGCGGAAGCUGCAACGCAUGACUUGCAGCAGCAGGUGUGGCAGCAACAGAAGCAGCUCGAGCAGCACAGGGAGGAACGGGAGCAGCAGCACCACCAGCAGGAAGCGCUGCAGCAGAAGCUACGAGAGCUGCAAGAACAGGCUUCCACGAAGGAGCAGCAAGCGGCUGAGAGCGAGAUCGGGCUACAGGAGCAGCUGAAGGAGCAGCAGCAACAGGUGAGGCGGCAGGAAGUGCAGCUCGAGGAGCUGCAGAUGCAGCUGCAGCAGCAGCAACAGCAGAUAGAGCAGCAGAAUCAGCUCGUUGAGGCGCAGCAGCAGCUCAUAGAAGACCAGAGGGAGCAAAUUACAGAGCAGCAGCAGCAGCUGAACGAGCAGCAGCAGCGCAUACUGGAAGUGCAACAGAACCAUGAGCUUCAGGUGCAAGAGCUGCAGCGAAAACUGGAACGCGAGCAGCAGAAGCAGCAGUUGACAGAUCAGCAAUCGCACGAAAGGCGCAUGGAUACAGAGCUGCGUGCUCGCCUCCUGCAGCAGAAGGAACGCAUCCUGGAUCAGCAGCAGCAGCAGCAGCAGCAGCAGCAGGAGGUUCUUCGGGCUAAAGAACGGGAGCUGCAGCAGAGGGAACGAGCGCUGAGCAAGGAGACGCUGCAGCAGCUGAAGGGCAGCUACAGUGACGAGAAGGAUAUCGUUGAGCUAGUCGAUGACGAGGAUCUGGUGCGCAAGGAGGCUUUGCUGCAGGAGCGAGAGCAGCAGCUGCUGGAGAAGCAGGAGGAGCAGCAACAACAGCUCCAGAGGCAGAAGGAAGAGCUGCAGCAGCUGCUGCAGAAGCAGGAGGAGCAGCAACAACAGCUCCAGAGGCAAAAGGAAGAGCUGCAGCAGCUGCUGCAACAGCUGCAGCAGCAGCAGAGGGAUCAGCAGCUGCAGCAGCAAAAGCUGCUAGAGCAGCAACUAAAGCAGCAGCACGAAGAGCAGAAGUUGCAUGACGGACGGCAACGCGUAGAGCAGCAGCUGGAGGCGCUUCAUAAGGAGGACAAACGGUAUCAGGAGAUGCAGCACCAGCAGCAGGAGCACCUAAGGCAACAGCAGGAAGAGCUGCAGCAGCAGCACCAGCUGCUGCAGAAGCAGGAGCAGCAGCUGCACCUGCUGGAUGCAGAGCUUACGCAGCAGCAGGAGCUCCUCACGAAGGAACGCAUGCAGCUGAAGGGCGUUGCAGCGCAGCAGCAGGAACACUUCAGCAUGCUGCAGCAACAACUGCAGCAGCAGCAGCAGCAGCAGGCGCUGCUACAGGAUCAGCAGGAGCAGCAGCAGCACCAGCAGCAGGUGCUGCUGCAACGCGAGCGCAAGCUGCGGCUCCAUAGGGAACUGCGGAUGGUGGCAAGGAUACAGCGCAGACAGCGCCAGAGCAAGAGUUCUAGCUGUCGCCGCAGCAGCAGCUGUGGCAGUAACAGUAGCGAAAGCAGUGAUGAAAGCAAAGAGCAGCUCAGUUCGCAGAGUGAGCAGCAAACGUCUGUUGAGCAGCAGCUAGAGAGCUACAAGAAGGAGCAGGCGCAGCUUGUGCAGCAGAUGCAGCAGCAACAAGUGCUUCUGGAGCAGCAAGAGGCCGUGCUGCAACAGCAGCAGCAAACGUUGCUGGAACUGCGCACAGAGAAAGCUCUGCUAGAAGAGAAGAUACUGGGCGAAGAAGACUGCUGCCACGCAAGCCAAGUGCAGCACCAGCAAGGGCUAGGCAGCGCAGGAGCAAGCGGCAAGAGCACCGAAGAGCAGCUCCAGAAGCAAGUAUCGAUUCUGCAGCAAGAGCUGGAGUGUCUUGACAGAAUUCGGCGGGGUUAUGAAGCAGAGAACCAACUGCGGAAACAGCAGGAGCACUUCCAGCAGCAGCAGAAGCACGAAGACGAGAAGCACCAUCAGGUCCAGGAGCAGGUGCAGCGACUGGAGUUCCUCCUCUCUUCGAAGCAGGACGAAUUGCAGCUGCUGCAGCAGAUCUUCCGGCAGCAGCGGCUGCGGCUGGAAACGACUGAGCAUGACAACUCGCUCUUGCAAGAGGAACUGGAGAUGCGAUCCCGCCUAGCAUCCGCUGCGCUCGCAGAGGCAGAGCAGCAGCUGCGGCAGCAGCAGCAGCGGCAGGAGGGCUUGCCGCUGUGUGGUGUCGGCCGUAACACAGAGGAGGAGGAACAGCAGCAAGUGCAAAAGGGGCAGCAGGAAGCUUCAGCAAUGGCCAAAGAGCUGCAAGACUUGCACGAGCUGGUGAUCUGUGCGGAGGCUAAGGCGAGCAGAGAACGCCUGCAGCUGGAGGAGGAACUCAGACGCCAGCGGCAACACUUUGAGAAGAUCGUUGCUGAUAAGGAUGCGCAGCUACAAAAGUAAGGGCGAAGCCUUACGGAUUGUGGACAAAAUCCUGCACAGCAAAACUCUAGCCCUACAUCAUAUCUUAAAGUGCCACGUAGCUAG